AUGUCCAUCGACACAUUGACUAUAUUGCACUCUAUUACUUGUAAUGAAACCUUAGUCUCAGCACAAAAGAAGUUCCAGCUCGGGUUCUUCAGUCCUGGAAAUUCGAAAAAGUUUUACUUGGGCAUAUGGUUCAAUAUCGUGCCAAUUGACAUAGUGUGGAUAGCUAACAGAGAACACCCUCUCAAUGAUACUUGUGGUGUUGUUAGAAUUGGAAAUGAUGGAAACUUGAUCCUUGUGGAGAAAACAGAAAGGAUGGUCUGGUCUACCAGCGUCCAUAAUAUAUCGUCAAGGAGAAGCACUGUUGCGCAACUUUUAGACUCGGGAAAUCUUGUUUUGAGAGACGGAAAUGAAGAAGGAACUAUUCUCUGGCAAAGCUUCGAUCAUCCAUCGCAUGCCUUGUUACCUGGGAUGAAGAUCGGGUGGGACUUGUGGACUGGUCUGAGUCGAAAUCUUACAUCCUGGAAAGAUUCAGACGACCCUUCUCCCGGAGAAUAUACACAUGGUCUCGACCUUCAAGGACUACCACAAGUAACAAUCUGGAAAGCCGCUUCGAAGGAAUUUAGAAGUGGACCAUGGAAUGGAGUGGAAUUCAGUGACUUAACUUACCUACCUAAUAACAUUCGUUUCUCCACAGAAGUUACCGUAGAUUCCAAAGAGGUAUACUAUGAACUUCGUCUGAAUGACAAUUCGUCUUUACUGAAGGCAACUAUUAGCUAUACUGGUGUGCUUCAACUCUCUAUACGAGACAAUAGCAGCAAUGCCUGGAAUGUCAUGUAUGAGUUGCCCCCCAACUAUUGUGGCUUUUAUGGUUACUGUGGUCCCAAUGCUGUUUGCACUAUAAGCGAUGCUCUAAUUUGCAGCUGUAUGAUUGGAUAUACGCCUAAAAAUUUUCAAGAUUGGGAUGAUCGUAUUUGGUCUGGUGGAUGUAUACGAGAAAAUCCAUUCAAUUGUUCAGAAACAGGACUAUUUAAAGAAUUACAGGGUUUGAAAAUGCCUGAUUUUUUGCAGUACGGGGUGAAUACGAGUAUGUCUCUGGAGGAAUGUGAAGCUGAAUGCUCCAAGAAUUGCUCAUGUACAGCUUAUGCUAAUGCAAAUGCAAAUGCUACUGGAGCAGGUCAUGGUUGCUUGCUCUGGUUUGGAGAUCUAAUCGAUGUCAGGAAGUUAACCAUCCAUUCAAAUCAGAAACUUCACAUUCGGAUUACAGCUGCAGAUCUUGGUAAUCACUACAAGAAAAUUGGUCUGGGGCGACGAAGGUUUCUCGUCGCCCUUUCGUCGCCUACACCCAUUGGGCGACCAAAAACCGAUGGUCGAGAAAAUCCUUGUCGCUAUUUUAUCAUUUGCUAUUGGCAACCAAAUGGCGACCAAAAUUUUACUUUUCGUCGCCAUUUGGUAGCCAAUGACCACCACGAGGCUACGAAUUAUUAUGCAAAAUAUGGAAUUUAUUUCAUAUAA